AUGCAGUUUUUAUCUUCCAAAUCCUUAUUAUAUAUUAGAAUAAUAUGUUUGUUGAUUGUGUCGUUUUAUUUAAUUAAAGAUCCAGAUGCAUUAUCCAUGGUAGGGUUUGUAGUAUUGUUGGGCCAAGCAAUGCAAGUACCACUCAUCAGAUUAAGUCCGGAAAACCCAAUAUUGGGAUUGACCGCUGUUAUUGUUGUAUCAUCAGCAUUUUCUGAUUUGAUCCCAUUGUUGUCAGAAAAUUGGUCAUAUUUUGAAAACUUGAUUCCUAUUAGAUUAUCAGGUUAUUUCAUUUUGGCUAGUUAUAUCUAUUUUGUUCCAACUAGUAUUGUCAGCAACAGUUUGGUUGUCACCUUUGUCAUGUUUGAAAUUUGGGGGAACUUUUUGAUUUACAAUAACUUGAGAGAUGAAAAAUAUUAUCGUAUGAAGAAAUUUGUCGAAGAAAAUAAAGAGGAAAUCAUUGCUGCUCGUGAUGAACAGGUUAGAGUUGUAGAAUUAGAAGAAUAA